AUGAAGAUUGCUGCUUUCUUCUUGGCCCUUUUCGCUUGUUUGACAUUCACCUUGAGUGCACCACUUGAUGCCAACACUCGUGAGUUGGCUAGCAUCGAAGAGGUAAAUGAAUUUUUCAACCAAGUGCUCAAGCGUGAGACUGUUGACGUCGAGGAGUUUGAGCUUGCAAAGAGAGAUGACAUUCCCAUUCUCACCACUCUUUUCACCAUCCUUAACAAGUCUGGACUUGUUCCUCCAGUGAUUAAAAUCUUGGCUACCAACAAGGUGACCGAGCCUCUCUUGGUUGAUGGAAUUGCAUUUUUCUUGAAGAUCUCCAACCUCAACGACUUGCUUUCUGCAUUGGACUCGUCCAACCUUGCGGUCGAUCUUGUGGUCAAGGCUUUAAGCGAUGCUAAGUUUUUCCCAGGAUUGUAUCAAAUCGUGCAAGACUUGCGUAGUGGAACUUCCACCACUCCUGCCAAAAACACAUUGAAUGUUUUCCAAUUGAGCUCUGCCGUAGCUCCAAUUCUUUCCACUGCCGCCCAGGUUCCUGGUGCUCUUUCCGAGUUGAGCUCGGCCAUGAGCAGUCUUGGUGUUAAGCCAGAUGCCGGUUCCGGUCUUCUUGGAGGUAUUUUGCAACCAAUUGCUGCUGCUAAUGAAGCCGUUGGUUCUGCUGCUACCUCGAUUCUUCCUGCUACUUUGUCUGCUGGACAAACUGCUAUCACCUCUGGAAUUGGCAAAAUUACCGGUGCUAUUAAUUCUGGAGUGGGAUCUGCUAUUCAGGGUGCUGGAUCCGUAACUUCUGGCUCUUCCGGCUCCGGCUCCGGCUCCGAUUCCACCGCUACCACCACCGCUUCUACUUCGCUGACCAGUGCCCCAUCUUCUUCGUCGUCUUCUUCCACUUCUAAGAACGGAGGUCUUCUUGGAAGCUUCCUUGGCAGAAUUGGUAGUUUCUUCGGUUUCAAGAGAGAGCUUCCUAUCGAGGAACUUGUUGCCAGAGAUAACGAACUUCUCAACCAAUUGUUGGGAUCUUUGGAGAAGUCUGGCUUGGCCAUGUCUGUUGUCUACCAAGCCGUUGUCGACCCAGACAUGCACCCCUUCGUUGAGGACUUGCUCAAGAAGAUUGUUAAGGACAAGAUCAUCACCCUCGACUCGCUUCAAUCUGCCUUGGAAGCCACUGAUUUCCUUAACCAUGUCAUCAUCAACCUUCUCAAGCAAAACGCUCUUAACAUCCACAUUAGCUAA